CUUACGUGAAUAGAUAUUAUAGAAAUGAAUGAAGUGGAUGGAGGCCAAGUUUGGUGAUGGAGACAGAGAAAGGAAAGUUGGUGGCGCAGCAGGAAGGUUUGGUAAAAAAGACGAGAAUAAUGGUGGGUAUUGACGAGAGUGAUGAGAGUUUCCAUGGACUUCAAUGGACCCUCGAUAACCUAUUCGGUUGCAUCACUGCCACUGCUGCACCAGAACAACCUGAAGCUAACGACGAGGCCGGUUCGCGGCUCAUCACUCUGAGUCUAGUUCAUGUUCAGCAGGCUUUCCACCUUCACUAUGUCCCUGCUGGACCUGGAGGUACAGCAUUUUACAUACCGUCUUCAGUUGAGGAGUCGGUAAAGAAAGCUCAACAACAAAUUGCAAAAGCGUUACUUUCCCGUGCAUCCGAUAUGUGCAAAGAUAAAAUGAACAUUGAAGUGGAGACUUUGGUAUUUGAAGGGGACCCUAAAGAGAAGAUAUGCCGAGCGGCCCAAGAAAUGCAUGUUGAUCUCCUUGUCAUAGGCAGCCGCAACCUUGGAAAGUUUAAGAGAGCUUUCUUAGGCAGUGUAAGUGACUAUUGUGCGCAGCAUGCCAACUGUCCCGUCCUGAUUGUAAAGUCGCCGAAAGAAGCAAGCAAGUAAAGCAGUGGUGAAAGUCAAAGGCGCCCAAUUCUGCAUUUUCCAUUAUCGUAUGUGUGUUUCAUCUUGUGUGUUAAUGUUUGUAUUAGUAAACUAGUUUCCGAUGGCGUUACUUUUAUUUAUUUAUUUAAAGAGCGUAUGGAUCAAAGAUAACCUUCUGUAAAAUAGCUUAAAAAGCAUAAAUUUUAGACAUCAAUAAAUUUUCAUUAAA